AUGGUGAUGCUCCCAGCGUCAAAUCCAGAAAAGCGAAUCGGCAAUUUAAUGAUCAAUCCAGGAGGACCCAUCGACCUCAUCAUCAGCAUGAAAGAGUUCCUCAAAUCCACAAAACUACACGAAUACUUCGAUAUUCUCGGCCCCGGUCCCAGGGGAACAGCACACAGCACACCAGUCCAAUGUGAGCCAGCCCCCUGGAACCUCCGGCCUCCUCAAAUGCCCCAAACCGAAGCCGAGUUCCAAGAAAUGACAGACGUCUACCACGCCCGCGCGCAGAGCUGCGUGAAAGAAAAGGGAAAUGAUAUCGUAUACUACGUCGACACGAUGAGCGUCACCAAAGACCUCGAAGAAAUCCGGAUGGCACUGGGAAAUGAAACAAUGAACUACAUCGGCUUUUCUACGCAGAGCUCUUUCUCGGAUAAUAUCCGCGCUAUUGCACUCGAUGGAAUCAUGGAACACUCCAAAGGCCCCGAGUCGAACGGGUACGAAGUCACGCUGAAUAAAUUCUUCGAAUGGUGUGAGCAAAACAACACUUGCGCUUUACAAGACGAGAAGCACCUCCCGACCAAAUUCGAUGCAUUCAUCGAUGCAGCAAAUACCUCGUCUAUCCCGGCGCCCAGCUGCGCAGACGAGACAUUUGCUGCAUACCCCUGCUUACAGAAUGCAACAGGCCACGAAAUUCUCCGCAACAUGCAGAGCUUCAUAUCCUUCCCAUACCCCGGUUCCUACGGCCUAGGCGGCUGGCCCGCGCUCUCAGAAUACCUGAAAGACGCCAUGAACGGAAAAUCAAGCUACCUCUCGACAACCGAGUACACAUCCAAAACAGGCUACGACAUUUCCUACUCCUCGAUCUUCUGCCAAGAUACGAUUCGCUCGAACUGGGGCGCAACAGACUACCAGCUCAAAGCGACUGUUGGAAACGUGGCGACGCCUCAUACGCGUGGGAUCGGGGAGGUCUGGUACCUGCAAACUAUUUGUGCGAGUUGGCCUACGCCCGUUCGGAAUCCGCAACGUUUGUAUGUGGAGUCAUUUAAGGGGCGGAAUAUGACUACUCCCAUACUGAUGACGAACGCGCUUUAUGAUCCAGAAACACCGAUUCAGUGGGCUUUAUCGGUGCUUAAGCAGUUUGGGGAGAAUGCGAGGUUGGUUAUUAGGGAUGGGCCUGGGCAUACGAGUUAUUAUCAUGAGGGGGAGACGCAUGAUGCUAUUGAUGAUUAUUUGAUUCAGGUCAAGGUGCCAGGUACCGGGACCAUGCUGAAGGAUUGA